UCCGUUAAUUCGAAUAGACGUGUGAACUGAGACUCCGAGAUACGGCGGAAAGUAUCUGGAAGAUACGCGUAGUUUGGCCCUCCAAAACAACUGCUGGCCAAAUUGAAUGAUUUUUUGUGGCCCAGUGAAGUUAUCAUUGAAAUGGGAAAUUGAUCUAAUGAAUAAAUGUAUCUGCGAGAUACGCACAGUGAAGUUUUUAAUUUACUAGCCGGUGAAAAAAGUCAAGUGUAAAAAACGAAAAGUAAAAGAAAAACCAAAAGCGAAAAACCGCCCCCGCAACAAUAAUAAAAACAACCGGUACACCACCCCCCGAAAAUCAACGUCGCCGCCGCCGUCGCCAUCGUCGUCGCAAUCGUUUGGAAAUAAAUCGUGUUUUUGCAUUUGUUGUUGUUGUUUUUUGUUGUUUAUACGCCAAGUUAUUUACGUCGUCGCAAAAUAAAAGCAAAAUAUCAACAACAAAAACGCCUGGCGAAAAACAAAUCGAGUCGGCGAAAAUGUUUUACAAUUAAAAUUACGCGCGCAGCGGGCACAGAAAAGGUACAACUGCGAGUAUCUGCAAGAUACACACACGUAGAUCAAAUAAAGCAGCGCAAUAUGCGCAAAUUAAACUAAAAUGCAGCACAUCAGAGCUGUAAAAAGUUUUACGACUCUACGACGGGUAACUUUGCCACCCGCACAGUCGAAAAUAAUACCAGAUACAAAUUAAGGUCGCCCAGCGUCAGAGCAUAAACACGGUGUGGAAUUGGUAUUGGAACUAGAUGUGGAUGUGGAUGUGGAGGUUCUACCUUCUUCUACCUGGAGUAUAUUAGUCUCAGUCCUUAGAUCCUUACACACACAAAAGGAUAGCCAGCCAGGGAGCGCACAAAACGCACACACAAAGGCCGUAAAACAUUUUGGGCUGCCGCUGCCGCUGCAGCAGGUCUCCUCCUCCUUCUUCUCCCAGGACUCGUAAAUUUCCAACCCAACCACCACCUCUACCAACACCACCCGGAAAAUAAAAACACCGAAAAAUCCAAGACACCGCCAAGUAACUGCAUCCUCAAGCAACCAACUUAUAUAUAGAAAUAUAUAUAUAUUCGAGCAGAGAUGGCGGGCAACAUUGUCAAAUGGUGGAAGCAUAAAAUUCUCGGCGGCUACAAACAAUUCUCAGUCCAGGAAUGCACCACAGACUCCGAGGAGCUGAUGUACCACCAGGUGCGCGCCUCCUCCUCCUGCAGCGCCCCGCCCGAUUUGCUGCUGGUCAGCGAACGUGACAAUAAUAUCCAACUGCGAUCGCCGGUGGUGAACAUUAUUACCACGCCGCCGGGCAAUGUCUCCAGUGGCGUGAGCAAGCAGCAGCAGUCGCAUCAUCAGCACCACCAGACGAACCCGCACCACCACCAUUCAUCCGGCAGGAGUCAUCCUUCGCAUUCGGGGAAUCCGCAGGAUGUGAGCAGCAGUGCCAGCCACAGCAAGCAUCUGCGAAUCAGCAGCACUUCCAACGGCAAGCACGGCAAAUACUCAAAUAUGCAGCAGCAGCACCUGCCGCAGGAUGAGGAUGUGGUAGAUGCGGCAGCCUCAAUGCAGCAGCAGCCGCAGCACAGCGGCCACGCCCACUCACGUCACCUGCACCACCACAAAGAGGAGCGCAUCCGGCUAGAGGAAUUCACCUGCGACGUGUCCGUGGAGGGUGGCAAGUCAUCGCAGCCGCUGCAGUUCUCGUUCACGUUCUACGACCUGGACGGGCACCAUGGCAAGAUAACAAAGGACGACAUUGUGGGCAUUGUGUACACCAUAUACGAGUCUAUUGGCAAGUCGGUGGUGGUGCCCCACUGCGGCAGCAAGACAAUCAACGUUCGGCUCACCGUCAGUCCCGAGGGCAAAUCGAAAUCACAGCCGGUGGUGGCUGUGCCUGUGCCAGCCGGAUUCAGUAGCAGCCAUGCCAGCAAACUGAAGAAGUUGCCCACGGGUCUGGCGGCCAUGUCGAAACCCUUGGCGGCCGGCGGAGUGGGAUCCGGUGGUGCGACAGCGCUAACGACAUCCGCUGGCAACCGCCGCCAGCAUCGCUAUCGACCACGCAAACUGAUUAAGUCCGAUGACGAGGACGAUGACAGCAACAGCGAAAAGGAGAAGGAUGCGGCCCCAACUAGCGAACAGGCCAGCGGAAGUGGGGCCAAGGCGGGCGGAAAGAGCCAUCACCAGGCCAGAUACCACCAUAAUCAGAGCCAGAACCAGAAGAACAAUUCUCGGGCGGAACAGUGCUGCACGGACCAGAAUACGCCGGACAAUGGCCACAAUACCUAUGAGAAUAUGCUGAAUCUCAAGUGCUGCAAGCCGGAGAGCGACCAGGUGGACUGUCCCUCCCAUCGCCAGCACCAUCAGCUGCGGCAGCAGGACAUCUACAUGAAGCAGGCCACCCAGCGGGUCAAGAUGUUGCGAAGGGCGCGCAAACAAAAGUACCAGGAUCACUGCCUCGAAACGCGACAACGCAGCCUGUCAGUGGGCAAUGAUUCCUCGUGUCAGAAUCGCCAUCUGCAGCCACAGCAACCACCGGUGACUGCCUCGCCCCCCCAACCGCUGAACCACAAGAGCGCAUCGGGGUCACCGCCUCUGGGUGGUGGUGGUAGCGGCGAUAUGAUGCUCGAUGGUGUGCAGCUGCGGCAGCCACGCCCCCAAUCCCUCACCCCACAACAAAAUCAGCAGCAGCGCAAGUCGGCCGAGUGCUGGAAAUCGGCUCUAAAUCGCAACGAUUUAAUUAGCAUCAUCAGGGAGAGCAUGGAGAAGAAUCGCCUGUGUUUUCAGCUGAAUGGAAAACCCCAAGCCAAUGUGAGUCCCAUACGGCAACCGGCAGCACAACAACAACCACAACAACAGCAACGCCAACGCUGCAAUACGGGCUCGAAAAUCCCCACGUUAAUUGCCAACCACAGUCCGGUCGCCCAGCAGUCGCCGCUCAGCUGCAGUCCACCUACGGCGGAUACCACCACCACCAGCAUUCCAGUGGCACCUCCAGCCAUCGAGGUCAACGGUCAGCAGCAGCAGCAGCAGCAUCUCAGCCAUCCCAACCACCACAACCACCACGAGCAUCCCCAACCGCACAUACCCAUCUACCAUCAGCAGCUGGCCAUUAAUCCGGCCGUCCUGGCCGCCCAGCAAACUCACAAUACGGCCCACAACAAGCUGAAUCUAUGCGGCUACGAUUCCUUUCUGCAUGCCACCAUCUGUGGGGGCGGGGCAGCAGCUCAUUCGCCCCCGGCCACUCCUAGUAACGUGGCAACCGUUCAGCCGAUACCCAAGAAGAGCCAAAAGAACCUGCUGCAGGGAUACCAGCGAUUGGAUCAACAACAGCAGCAGCAGCGAAGCAGCAAGGACUACAAGAACUAUGGCAAUCUCAUCUAUGCCAAGUUAAGUGAGCAGUUGCAGCAGAAGGAUCGGGAGCAGAGGCGCCAGCGGCACAAGCAACAGCAGCAACAUCAGCUGUUGCAGGAUCCGAACAAGGAUGUGACUCGCUCAGAGCCACGGCCAGCCACCUCAAACUCCAGCUCGGCGGGCUCAAAGAUCUACGGUGAUGCCGUUGAGUGUGCACACCUCCUGGCCAGCGAGGAGGAGGACCUGCCACCCAGUCCUCAACUCACCAGCACGCCCAGUAAAGUGGUCAGCACCGACACCCUUAUCGACCUCAACGACGAUGUGGGCGAGGCUGUGGCCGAGGCAGUCACCGAAGGUGGCAAACAGUCGCUGGAGACCGAAGAGUUGGGCCAGCAGGUGGAGGUGGAACUGGACACCAGUGCCUCCAGCUCCAUGAUCCACCGCUAUGUGCACGAGCACAUCCACCACCACUAUCACCACUUCAAGGAGCAGCAGGAUGUCUAGGCUAAAUCGAGGGACUAACUAUAAACUAUUUGAAUGUUGCUUAUGUUUCAGUCUAUUGAUUAAUGUAGAGAGAAUUGUAAUUUAAAGUAAGCCUUCAACUAAAAACAACAAAAUAUUCAAAAACGAUAUUAGGGCCAAUGACAGUGGGGUGGGAAGAGUGAGUUUGAAAGGGGCUUUAGUGUUCAUCAACCCUUAAAAAUAUAUAUUUAAAUUUUAUAUCAGACAAAAAAUAUUUCAUUUCUUUUUAAUUAUGUGCAGCCAAUAGGUUAAUAAGAUAAAAUAAAAAUGUAGUUUAGCUUCAAAAAGCUUCUCAAAAUUCUCAAUGGGUUCCUGAUAAAUUAGAUUUAUAUCUAGCCAAUUUCAAUCUCACUUUUCCAACUUUUCCAACUUUUCCUGUGGAAAUCUUUAGAACCAAACCUAAAACUCAUCGAAGAUUAAACCCACUGUGAGAUCCACAGGUCCCAGCAUAUUUGUAGCCUCUUUAGCUUACGCAGAAAUCAAAAAGAAAACAAAAAUUAUGCGCCUUUUGCCUUAGCAACAAUUGAAUCGCCGCUUCGCCAUGCAAACACAGUGCAACAUGGAAAAAGUGAAAGCAGUUUGGAUUUCAGAUUUGUAAACUAAUCAUUAAAAACAGUCAAGUCCCAAUGGGUCUUAACUUGUCCCGAUGAGUGCUUUCCAAAUCGAGAAUCCAAGUUGCUGCUACACUUCAAGACCCAAGAAAAGUUGCAAAGUGUAACCAACUAGCAACAUGUUGCAGCCACACAUAUCAUAUUGUUGCCCCAAGCAUUUUGUGUUGCUGUGUAUGUGUACAUGUAAACUAAAUGGGAGAAAAACUAUUGUUUAGUGCAAAUUAUUAAAUCAAAUUGUUGUCUAUGAUAUAAAAUUUUAUGCGCCGCUUUUUAAGUGUUUAGACAGAGAGCAACAGAGGUUUAUGGCCGCCAGUUUUAAGUUAACUAUCGAUCGUGUACAUUUAUGUUAUCUAAGCCAAUUAAUUUAAAUACUAUUCUUAGUUUCUAACACUAACACCAACAAGAAGACAAGCAACAAUGCAACUAAGUACUAAACCACAAACAACAACAAACACAAAUUGUAGUUCAAUUAUUAUUUUCAAACUUGUUUUUAAUUUCAUCAUCUGUCCACCAAUCGAGUUACCAAUCCAAUCAAACGAAAGAAGCACAAAAACAAAAUGCAUUUAACUCUUAUUUACAUAAAAAAGACUGAUUUCCAAUUAAACAAUAUAUUAAUUAAUUGCAU